UUUCCGCCAAGAUGGUUGUUGGUGCCUUCCCUAUCGCCAAGCUCCUGUAUCUCGGAGUGAGGCAGAUGAGCAAGCCUGUAGCGAAUCGGAUAAAAGCGGGAGCCCGGAGAAGCGAGUUCUUCAAAACUUACAUAUGUCUACCCCCGGCACAGCUUUACCACUGGAUUGAGAUGAGAGCAAAGAUGCGGGUCAUGGGCUUUCGGGGUUCCACCAUUAAGCCACUGAAUGAGGACGCAGCUGCAGAGCUGGGCGCAGAGUUGCUGGGAGAGGCAAUCAUCUUCCUCAUCGGUGGUGGAUGUAUGGUGCUGGAGUACAGCAGGCAGGCCUCUAACUCCCGCCGCAAAGAGGAGGAGCUGAAUGAGACCAUCACAAGCCUACAGACUGAACUAGCAGAACUAACACUAACCACAGAGACUCUAGAAGCUCGAUUGAAAGAGGUCAACAGGCUAGUGCUGUCCUUUCCUGCUCCCACCAAUAAGUGAUUAAAUAAGUUCUUUGCUAUAUGGCAUGGUAUUGUUUGUUGAUCAGUGUGUGAUGGAAUAAGAGUGCACCAACAUAGUGCUGCCAUAUGACCACCCUGCUUCACACACCCUAAACCCAUGAAGUAGGGUGGAAGAGGUGGACUUGAGCAUAUCAAUGCGCUGUACAUUUGGGUGGUAUCAUGAGCUCAUGUUUUGAGCAACUAGUUAUAAAGGGGGAUUGCUAUGAUAUUCAUAGUGAAUUUCUGUGUUUCAUCUCGCAUGUCCAUUACAAGACUUGACUAUAUAUGAACACAGGGUUAGACCCUAAAGUUAAUAUAUUUGAUAACAGCUACAGCAUAUUACUUUUUAUUUCAGCGAUCCUCAUGGACCUUAAUCGCUUAGGAAAUGCAUAUUUUCAUGCUUGAUCGGCUUCAGUUAUGAGUAAGUCUAGAUUAUAUACUGCAACUCAAAAACAUCAGGUCACAACAGUGGAUUGUUUUUGACAAUAUCUGCCCAUGCAGUUUCACAGACAUGUCACAUUGUAUUUACACUGUGAAUCCCUUUGCUGGUACAUGUAUAUUGGAUGUGAUGGCAAUUGUAAAAGGAAGGUGUAAAAUAAAAUUGUAUGCUGUCUGUU